UCGCUAGGACGGAGCAGUGGGAGCCAGCCACCUCUAACAAAGCCAGGCUACAUUUCCCACAAGCGACGCUGAAAACCCUAAUUUUGCCGUUCCUUCGCAUCUAGCAUCGAAAUCCCCCCCCCCCCAUUAUACCUGACAGUUCUAAGAUCUUUUCUUUUUUCCCAUUUUCUUGUUUUCUUAUUUCGGAUUGCUUUCGUUUUUCCAGUUUUUGGUUGUCAAUGUCAAUCGUUUCAAUGCUCAGUCAUCAUCCGAUGAUCUAAUUAAGUUAUUUAAUGCUUGAGAUUUAUCUGGGGUUUUGGAUCUUUUUCUGGUAAGAUAUUUUAUCGUUUAGUUUGAGCUAUGAAUCGAUUUGCUAUGGUACCCUAUUUGGAUUUCUCGCCAUCUCCAUGAAGGGUAGAGAGUACUAUCAAGGACCCAACUUUGAAUCUGGGGUUCCCAGUAGAAAUUUUGGCCAUUGCCAAGAAGAGAAUUUUGAGUAUCUAAUUAGGCCUAGAUAUGGUGUGGGCUUACAUAUGACCCUUUUUUCAUUCACAACUCGUGCCUCAAGGGUUCGACCCGCCUCCAAGCUCUUCGUUCCUCAGUAUCACAUUCAAUUUCACGGAGGAUCUCACCCGCCAGGCUAUAAAGAUGUAAAGGUAGUUCAAAAGCACGAGGCUUGGUUUGUUAAGGUUGUUUGCACUCUAUUUCUUUAUUCCCAACCUUUGAGUGAUCGCUCUCUGGGUUAUUUGAGCAAGCAUUUGUCACCUUUAAUUGAAUUACAAGUUGUUAAAUGGUUAAACGAUCCAGCAUUAGGGUUGAAGUUUUUCGAGUUCAGUAGAGUUAAUUUUAAUAUUACUCAUUCAUUUUGGACUUAUACUUUGCUUAUGAGAUCACUUUGUAAUAUGGGUCUACAUGAGUCGGCUAAAUUAGUUUUUGAUUAUGCGAGGAUUGACAGGCAUUUGCCUGAUGAUACUAUGGUAGGAUUCAUGAUUUCGUCUUUUGCGAGGGCAGGUGACUUUGGAAUGGCAAAGAAGUUGCUUGCUGAGAUUCAGUCCGAUGAAGUUGGGAUCGACAUUUUUGCUCUAAACAAUUUGUUGCAUAUGAUGAUUAAGCAAAAUAAACUAGAAGAGGCAGUUAGCUUAUACAAAGAGAAUCUAGGAUUGAACUUUAACCCAGAUAAUCGGACAUUUAAUAUUCUAAUUCUAGGCCUGUGCAAAGCUCGGCAGGUGGACAAGGCUUUUGAGUUUUUUAAUGAUAUGUGGAUUUUUGGUUGUUUUCCUGAUAUUCUUACCUAUAACACCAUUAUAGGUGGGUUAUGUAGGGCAAAUGAGGUAGAUAGAGGUCACGAGUUAUUGAAUGAAAUUCGAUUGAGAGAUGAUUGUUCACCAGAUGUUGUGACUUAUACAUCAGUCAUAUCUGGUUACUGUAAGUUGGGUAAGAUGGGGAAGGCUUCUGCUCUUCUUAAUGAGAUGAUUAAUUCAGGAACGGUGCCUAGUGCCGUCACUUUUAAUGUUCUGAUUGAUGGCUUUGGCAAGGUUGGAGAUAUGCUUUCUGCUAAAUCCAUGUAUGAGAAGAUGGUUUCUUUUGGUUGCGUUGCUGAUGUUGUAACCUUUACUUCCUUGAUUGACGGAUACUGUCGCAAUGGAGAUGUGAACCGGAGUUUGCAGCUUUGGAAUACAAUGAAAGUGAGAAAUAUAUCUCCAAAUGUUUAUACUUUUUCUAUUAUUAUCAAUGCUCUAUGCAAGGAAAACAGACUGCAUGAGGCUCGUGAACUUUUGAAGGAGUUGACAUGUACAAAUAUUGUUCCGAAACCGUUUAUCUUCAACCCUGUGAUUGACGGGUUCUGCAAGUCUGGGAAUUUGGACGAGGCCAAUUUGAUAGCAGUGGAAAUGAAGGAGAAGAAAUGUUAUCCUGAUAAAGUGACGUAUACUAUUCUCAUUAUCGGGCAUUGUAUGAAAGGAAGAAUGCUUGAAGCAAUUGGCAUUUUCGAUAAAAUGUUAUCAGUUGGUUGUACACCUGAUGAUUUCGCCGUGCAUUCUUUGGUAUCUUGCCUUUUCAAGGCCGGGAUGCCUAAUGAAGCCUCCCGUGUUUCAACAAUAGCAUCACAGGGCAAGAAGUCGGCAAGUUCAUCAUCUUUGGAUAACAAUAUUCCUUUGAGGAUAAACAGAGUUGUGCCUGUUGCUGCUUAAGAGAAAAGCCCCGUAUCAUUGAAUUUAGUCUGGUCCAGAGAUGUUGAAAAGGCCCUACAGCAUGCGUCAAGUAUCCAAUUAAGCAUAUCCAGCUUGAACCACAAAUGACCUUCCAUUAAGAUAACAAGUAAGCAUAUUUCCUUGUAUUCUGCCAUUGCCUCUUUACAUUAUAUGAGGGUGUAAUAACAUCUUAAAUCUGAAUUUGGUAGGAGAUCAUCUCCAAUGAAUAUUUUUGUUUGGCUUCAAAUGCUGGAUAAUGCUAUAGAAAACAGGCAUGAUGCUAAAUGAGUGGCACGUACCACGGAGGUUGGCCCUUUGUCCUUUCACUUCUGUAUGUCAAAUGAGAAAACAAAGCAAUUUCGUGUUUUCAGUAAGGAACCUGGAAAAAAGAUGGAUCAAAUUCAUGUUUUUUCCUUAUUUAUUCUGGACAAUUCAAUACACUCUGUUUUUUGGCCCCCCACAUUUUAGUGUGUACAGAACUUUAGAAAAUUUCAAGAAUGAAUGAAAUGUAUUUGAGGACAUGCUGAUCAUCAAUAAAGGGAUUUCUGUUUA